AUUUGCUGUCAGACAUGUGUGCCGUGCAGGAGGAACAGGUUUGUUCAGGAGGAAGGUGGCCUGCUGUAGCCAAGCAUUACGCUGUGCAGACAUCCAGCCUGUUGCAUGAUAAUCAGUGUCAUCUGCCUGCCAAUAAAAACAUCUUUCUUAGCUUGUUAUGCCUCUCCACCAGUCUAGUGUCCAGCUGGUGUGGCACAAACAGAUAUUUAUUGUGCUUUCUGGGACAGAAACAUUCACCAUAAUGGCGAGCCUUCCCAAAGAACCUCUUGAAGAUGCCAAGAAACAGAGUUUCUGGAUGCCAAAGAAUUACGUCCGUACAGUUCAUCGGACAGAGCGGUCCUUCCAGGCCUGCAAUGACAUCAUGGCCUGUUUCAUGGAGAGAGCAAAGGUGGAAAAACAGUACGCCCAGCAGCUCAGCCAGUGGAGCAGCAAGUGGAAGUCCAUAGUGGAUUCUCGGCCGCUUUAUGGCUCCCUCAUGAGGGCAUGGCAGUGCUUCUUCACAUCCGCUGAGCGAUUGUCUGUCCUCCACUCCUCCAUCUCCCAGUCGCUUAUUGCAGAGGAAGGAGAGCGAGUGAAGACCUGGCAGAAGGAGACCUUCCCCAAAAAACUCUUCUGUGGGUUCAGGGAGAGCUACGACAACAACACAAGUUUUUCACGUGCGCAGAAACCAUGGUCCAAAAAGCUGCAGAAGCUGGAGAAGGUCCGAGUUGCAUACCACAAGUCCUGUCAGAAGGAGCAAGCAGCACUGGACAAAGAGAAGCAAUCAAAUGAGAACGCUGAGAUGAGUGAGGAGAAAAAGCAGAAGAUCGCAGAGGCCAGAGAGAAGGCCACAGAGGAGAAGGAAAAGUGUAGAGACCGAUAUGAGAAAGUCCUGGAGGAUGUGACGUCCUACACGCCUCGCUACAUGGAGGAGAUGGAAGCCAUUUUUGAAGAGUCACAAGAGGAGGAGAGGAAGAGGAUCAGCUUUCUAAAGCAAGUAUUUCUGUCCAUCCACAGACAUCUGGACAUCACCAACAACGAGAGUGUUAAAGCAGUUUACAGUGAGCUCCAUCAGACUCUCAUGUCCAUCGAUGAGCUGGAUGAUGUCAAAUGGUGGAAGAACAAUCAUGGUCCCGGCAUGCCAACAGACUGGCCAAAGAUUGAGGAAUGGGUCCCACCAGUAAAGAAGCUCAAGAGAAGGAAGAGAGACAAGAAAGGAAAAGAAAGCAGACCUGUGAUGAUUGGGGGUGUGAAGGUGAGAGCUCUGUAUGACUACGUGGGAGAGGAGGGUGAUGAGCUGUCCUUUAAAGCAGGUGAAGUCUUCCUGAAGGUUGAGGAGGAAGACGACCAGGGCUGGUGUCGAGGGGUCCUGAGCGGGGGGAAGGAGGGCUUUUACCCUGCCAAUUAUGUUGAAGUUGCCGAGUGACAUCACGCCACCUGAUGCAUUACAUCUAUUUUUUUCUCACAAAGCGUUUUUUUUUUUAAAUAACAAGUGUGAAGAUUAUUGUUUCACGUAUAAGGAGUUGUCACAAAGGCUCUGUGGUUAUGUCAGAUGUUGUCUUUGGGCGUUAACACUGAAAUGUACUUUGAGCACUUCUCCAAAGUGUAUUAACUUAUCAAAGACUAGAAUGUACCAUUAAUGCUGAAUGUGUAUAUGUGUGAGCGUGUGUUUGCAUGCCAAGUGUUAAAAGUAACAAAAGAGAAAAAGAGAUAUAAUUACCUGCAACCACCAUGCCAUG